UGCCUCGUUCUUGGCGUCACCCGUUGCAGACUCUUGGCCCCGUCACUGUCAUGAACUUCCGUUAAGUUUCCUUCUCCUCGUGAGGGGGCAUCUUUACAGUCUUAAAUCUACAGACCCUUUCCUUUUCUUACCAAACUUGAACAAUCCACCUCUCAAAUAAAUGCAUCAUUCAAAAAUUGGAGAGGCAUGUUUGCGAUGAAUCUCGAAGAAGUCUGGCAAAUGCUCAACUUUACACCAAUCUCUUGUAAAGCGAUAUGCUAGUCCCUGAUGUGACUUCCGCUUGUAGAGUCUGUGUUGCUAUUCUACUAACACUGACUUGGAAUUCACCAAAAAUCCUGAGCUUGCGGCUCACAUGGUUAGUUCAGCCAACGCUCUCGAACAGGUCGUUCCUCCCCCUCGCCGGUGUGAGAGGGUACAGAGCAGGACACAUCCCCAAACCGCAUUGCCUUUUUUUUCUUCGUAUUCAUUUACUUCGGGAUUAUUUUAGAGGAAUUUAAAGGAUUUAUAUCUCCAUUAUCUUUUGAUCAUUUCUCGUUCUUCUACUACAUUUUGGGCGGAUUUUCUUUGUCAGCUGAAGGCUUUUGGGCUAAGGAUUAGGUGAGCUAACAUGUAUCACCGGGCUAUUAUGUACCCAUCGGCCAAGCUCGUCAAGGUGGAAGCAGAUUAUACCGCCUCUGAAGACAUCAUGGAUAUCUCAAGCUAUGCACCAACAAUGAGCAACCAAGUCACCUCCCUGCCUAAUGCCAUCCCGACUUCGGUCAUCACCCCAACCACCUCACUGACUGGAGGAUCUUGGCUUGAACAUCCCAACAACAUACACGGAGGUAGCUUCGUGCCCCCUUCUGUAUCAUCCCACAAUGGUUACCACACCCCUGCUGUGGUGCGAGGUGGUAUAGGGGGUCAACAUCCCCACCAUCCCCACCAGAGGAUCGCCAGGGAGAGGGGCGAUAUGGACAUGUACAGGAUGUCCCCUUCCUCAGGCCCCCGCAGAAGGAUGAGGGAUGACGAUGUAAGUAGAAAUUUAACACCCGAUGAACGUGAAAAGAGAAGGGUUCGUCGAGAGAGGAACAAACUAGCUGCUGCCAAGUGUAGACAGCGACGGGUCGAUCAUACCAACACAUUAAUCAAUGAAACGGAGGACUGGGAAGAAAAGAACGCCACUCUAGAACAAGAGAUCUCUAAACUUCAGCAGCAGAAAGAACAACUGGAGUUCAUCCUGGAGGCCCAUAAGGCUAUGUGCCGUAAGAACAAGGUUAACAAGGAGACAGCUACUACAGCCUCCUGUACCACCACUACCACCUGUCGCGCCAAUACCGUGGCAAGCCUGGAUACGCCCACUACCGAAGUUGUGACACCUACUAGACUCUUCAACUUCGUUGGCUUGUCCGAGGGGGUCAUGGACGGCACCAAUCACUCUUCAUCUGGUUCGUCUUCGUGUGGACGUGAAGCCAUGUCAAUCAAAUCAGAAAACAGCAGCAGUGGUAGUGAUAUGUCCAGCCCCGAGUCCACCCGCCGAACCCUUAUUCAACUCUAAUAGUGUGCUAUUAUCAGAACUUGACGCUAAUGUUUAAAACAUAAUCCAUGAAGAGGAAUUUAUAAUUGUAAAUCACGUCAGUUUCUCAUUCAUAACAAAUUUAAAUUCUAAGUUUGUUUUAAAAAAUCAUGUAAAACGAAAAACUUCAAGAUAUGUUUCAAUUUAUCAUUUUCAUUUGGUUGAAACUACAUAGCAAAAAAUACUAUUAUAUCAUAUUAUACUUAUUAAACUACAUGGACUAAUGCAAUACAUAACCCUUUUAUUUUGCAAAUGAUAAUUAUUACGUGAAUGUGUCACUAAAAUUACUUUGACAUGUUUCUCGAUAUUGCCGGCUGUCACCUGAUUUUUAUUUAAAAUCGUGUGAGAAGAAAUAUAAUAGGAGAGAACGUACAUAUUCAUGAAUACAUGUAUGUGUUUUUUGAAGUGUUACAAAAUCUUUCAUUCAAUGCUUCCAUUUUUUUACUCUUUUAUUAUCUCUUUUACAAUAAAAUUAUUGGCUCAAUUGUAUUCAUCUUGAAAGAAAAGAAAAACGAGAAAAAUAUAAAGUUUUCAAAACUUUUCAUAAUAAGUUAUGAAUCAGGUUUUCUUUUAUAUAACGUUUGUAUUCUUAGUCUAUAUGAUUAUUUGAUGUAAAAAGAUGGACAUUUCUUGUUUUUUAGAACAUGAACUUGUAGAUAUGUUAUGCUGCCUCGUUUUAGAAUGAUGACAUAUGUUUUCCUCUACGUUACAUUCUUGUCAACAAUAUUGAAGUAUUUAUAUUCGCGUGCAAUAUCGUAGUGUUAUCUUAUAUACCUGUUAGUUGAUAACUAAACAAACGUCUGGCAAUACAGUUAACGAAGAGAUUGGGGAGUUUCACGUGAUAUAAUUAUUGAACAAAAGAAAAAGCAAAAUUAAAAUCAAUCUGGGAUGUAGAAUAUGCUUUGCAUCGUUCCUUUGAAUUUGCUCUGUAUAGCCUGUGAAAUGAAGAAGCUGAUUUUAUUUUUCUUAUUAUAUUACAGAGCAAAGGGAUGUCACUGUCUAUAUUUAGGCGGGAAAACAUGAGUCACAAAUUACUCAUCUUCUAUGCACUGCCUACGCAACUUUCUGACUUCGUUCUACAUAUAACCAAACAUGUAUUUCAAUCUGAUAUUGAAGAUAGUGAAACUUCCAUAAUAAAAAUCAAAUUCUACGUAGAAGUUCAAAUCUCCUGACUUUUCAAAUUAACUUAUUCAAAGUUUUUAAAUAAGAACUUUUUCCUGGUCAAUUAUUUUUAAAAUAAUAUAUUGACCUCCAUAGUGAUGUUCGCCUGACGGAUAAUAUAUUACCAACUUUAAUAAUUUCAUCAUUGUUUACUCUGGACUUGCCAAACUAAAACAAUAGCAUUUUCGAAUCUGAAUUAUUUUGUACAUAUUCGUUUCCUUGUGUAGCCAAUUUGCUGGUUAUUUCUUCUAACAGUGAUAAUUAAGAUCGCUUGUAAGUAUUUAUUUUCAGAGAUAUUUAUUUAUUUAUGAUUUCGAGAGAAUACGGAUUCUGAAAGGCUGUUAUAUUGUAUACAGUAUUCCAUUAUUGUUGGAUAUACGAAGGACUUUAAGUGAAUGUUUGGAGUAUGAACAUGUAUUGCAAUACGUUGAUUUAUGUACAGUCGUUACGAUUAAUAGCUCAAAUAGUAUUCAAAAUGAUUUAUUUUAUUCUAUUGUGAGAUGUUUCAGUUCGGGUAUAAGAUUUACUUGUUAAUGUUACACGAUAGAUAGUAUUUCAACUUGUGAUUAAGAUGUAAAUAUGGAAAGAAAUGUUGAAAAUAAGUGAGGAGGAAAAGAAAAAGAGAAAGCCAGGGAAGUAGCUGAGAAUUCUGCUUGUGUGUGAGAGAUGAGAUAUAAGCACUGCCAUUUUGAAAUAUGUAAUGAUGACUAUAAACACGCUAUUUGUUUAUUUGUGUCUAAUAUGAAAGGUUCUAAGAUGAUUGUAAAUUAAUUUGUCAUUUUACAUACUCGUUUGCCUAGAGCGCCUACUCAAACGCAUGAGAGUUCAAAAGCUUACUGAAAUCGCCUUUUCGGUGUUAACUUUUUGUAAACUGUGAAUUAUUGACCGUUUUCCGUAAGUUCGAACAGUUGUAUAAAAAGAAUUGUCUGUAAUUGUAGUUUGUACUCCUGUAUACAGAUUUGUGACGGUUUCAAGGUGUAGUAGUGUACAAAUAUAAAGUGCUACUGUGUGUAUUUUAAAUUUC